AUGAAAUUUUUCAGCGUAACUGAUGAAUUUACAAAAAACCCUCAACUCAAAGAAGAAGAAUUAAAUCAUCUUAGAGAAUGGAUAUCCAAACAACCUCAUCUUCCUCACAUUACUGAUGAGCUCCUUAUACUGUUUUUCCAUAGUUGUUAUUAUCGGUUGGAACCAACUAAAGUAACAAUAGAAUCGUAUUUCACUCUUCGUACUCAUUCACCUGAGCUAUUCACAAAACGAGACGUUGAACUGAAACCUGUGGCUGAAGCAUUUAAAACAAUAUCAUUUAACGUUUUGCCGGGGUCAACUACUGAUGGUUGCAGAGUUAUAAUUGUUUAUGCUAAACGUUUAGAGGCAGAGUUUUUUGUUUUAACAGAAUUCAUUAAAGCUCUCAGCAUGAUUAUUGACAUGUUGCUAAUGAAUUCAGGAACAUUCAAUGGACUUAUUAUUGUUUACGACAUGAAAGGUUUUAGUCUCAGCCAUGUUGGUCGUCUUGGUAUUAAUAUGAUGAAAAAAUACGUAUACUUCUUGCAAGAAGGAUUACCAGCUCGUCUAAAAGGUAUUCAUACGAUAAACACCGUACCCUUCAUUGAUAUGAUAACUAGUAUGACAAAACCAUUUAUGAAAAAGGAAUUAUCAGAAAAAUUAUUCUACCACUCAGUGAAUUCCGAAACAAUAUUUGAACAUGUACCUAAAGAAAUAAUGCCAAUUGAAUUCGGAGGCAGUGGAAAAUCAAUAAAAGAUAUAGAAGUCGAUACAUAUAAUAAUAUCAAAGAAAUGAGACAGUGGUUUUUGGAAGAAGAACGGUUCAGAGUGGAUGAACAAAAACGCCCUGGGAAACCAAAAACAGAAAGUGACUUCUUUGGCGUCGAAGGUUCUUUUAAAACAUUGAACUUGGAUUGAAACAUUGUUAAUUUUUUUUUUCGCGAUAUACAUAAUAUUAUGGAUAUAAUAUAAUAUGAUAUACUAUUAUAUAAUAUAAAACUGUAAUUAUUCAGUACGCAAUUAGACGAUAGCUUAUUUAAAAUAAUAUCAUCCUUUAAGAUACGCACUAAAUACAAUAGUGAAUAAUAAUACCACUGUAUAAGGCUUUCUGCCGGAUAACAUUGACUUGCAUUUCUUUUGGCUAAUAUUUCAAAUUUCUUUAAACUGCACUAUAUACUCUAUCGCUAACACGGCAAUUGUGUACAUGAAUAUCUAUCACGGCUGUAGUUUUUUAUUUUUCAUUUUCUUAUGAGUUUUUUGUUUAAUUGUUGGUGUUCAACAGUG